AACAGUUGUUAAGGGAAGCUGUGAGCUAGCGGAGAUUGCAGGUGGUUUGUUUUAGACUGAAAUGUGUUUCAGCACGUUCAGUUCUUUCUGGGUGUAUGCCAAAUAAUUCCUCUUGGCGGCCGUCACUUUAAGAAUUUAGAAUCAUGAUACUGUAUUUGUGAAACAGAACUUAAUGAGAAAUAUCGUUUUUCAUAAAUAAAAAUAAUUUUAAGAUCAUUUCAAAUUGAGAACACGGGUGUUUAUUACUCAAAAUAAAAGUGUGAAAUAAUCGAAAGUGAUAUCGUGGUGUUUUUUUACUCAAAAUAAAGUGUGGAAUAAUCGACAGUGUAGGCUAUAUAUUCAGGUCUUUGACUGACCCAUAAAGGUCUCAUAAAUAUUCCUUUGGGUGGUGCGCAUAAGCUACACCAACUGAAAUGAUUCAUAAAGGAAACUUAAAAACCGAGUGGGCGGAAGGUUAACCGAUCAACAACUUCAUUUCCAAAGUAAAUCGCUGCACAGCACUUCAUUGAUGAAAGAUCUAACAUACAAGUGUUACACAGGAAAUGACAAAGAAAAGCCUUCUUGCAUUUUUUCCCCUCUCUCUGCUAGGUAGCUAUGGUCAGUGCUGCUCAAGACAAAGACUUAUGUUAUGGAUUCGGUUCUGGCACCAUAGCAGGGAUUAUAUUCGCUGAUGUUGCAGUGACGGUCCUCAUUGUCACUAUCACCUACUGGUAUGCCAGCAAGCGCAGACAAAAGAAAGAAAACGCUGACGAAGUCUACAUGAAUGUCAGAGCAAACUGCAAAACAUGAAGAUCUUUGGAAGGCUGACAUGAACAAUGGAAGACCUACUGACAUUCAAUAGUAUACGACAUUUAAUCGUAGUUGAUUUAUAUUUUAAAUUGCCACAGUUUAAAUAUAGCUUAGCCUACGGCUCUGCACAAUUAAAGCAGUGUUCAUAUCUUAGUUGCUUUGUAAAUAAGAUAAAAUUAGCUUAUUUAUGUCACACAAAAUCACACUGAAAACUUUAAUAAUACAUGUAAUGGAACUCUGUCUAGCACGUUAUCAACAGCAAUAAAUGCAGUGAAAAACA